CCCCCCAAAAAGCGACAUGAUCCUUAAUUCCUCUACUGAAGAUGGAAUUAAAAGAAUCCAAGAUGACUGCCCCAAGGCUGGCAGGCACAGUUACAUAUUUGUUAUGAUCCCUACUCUCUACAGUAUCAUCUUUGUGGUGGGAAUAUUUGGAAACAGCUUGGUGGUAAUUGUCAUUUACUUUUACAUGAAGCUGAAGACUGUGGCCAGUGUUUUCCUUCUGAAUCUCGCCCUGGCUGACUUAUGUUUUUUGUUGACUUUGCCACUGUGGGCAGUCUAUACCGCUAUGGAAUACCGGUGGCCCUUCGGCAAUCACCUGUGUAAGAUCGCUUCGGCCAGUGUCAGUUUCAACCUGUAUGCCAGUGUGUUUCUCCUCACGUGUCUCAGCAUCGAUCGCUACCUGGCCAUUGUCCACCCGAUGAAGUCUCGCUUCCGCCGCACGAUGCUGGUGGCCAAAGUCACCUGCAUCAUCAUCUGGCUGAUGGCUGGCUUGGCCAGUUUGCCAGCCAUCAUCUACCGAAAUGUAUAUUUCAUCGAAAACACUAAUAUCACAGUUUGCGCUUUUCAUUAUGCGUCUCAGAACUCCACACUCCCCAUUGGACAGGGUCUAACGAAAAACAUUCUGGGCUUCGUGUUCCCUUUCUUUAUCAUUCUCACCAGCUAUACUCUUAUUUGGAAAGCCCUAAAGAAGGCUUAUAAAAUUCAGAAGAACACGCCAAGAAAUGAUGACAUCUUUAGGAUAAUUAUGGCAAUUGUGCUUUUCUUUUUCUUUUCCUGGGUUCCCCACCAAAUAUUCACAUUUCUGGAUGUGCUCAUUCAACUGGGUGUCAUCCGUGACUGUGAAAUUGCUGACAUUGUGGACACUGCUAUGCCCAUCACCAUCUGCAUAGCUUAUUUUAACAAUUGCCUGAACCCUCUGUUUUAUGGCUUUCUGGGGAAAAAAUUUAAAAGAUAUUUCCUCCAGCUUCUGAAAUAUAUUCCCCCAAAGGCCAAGUCACACGCAGGCUUGUCAACAAAAAUGAGCACUCUUUCCUAUCGCCCUUCAGAUAACAUGAGCUCCUCUGCCAAGAAAUCUGCGUCUCGUUUUGAAGUGGAGUGAGAGUGUUCAAAGCCUGCUGGUGACAAUAGAAGCCAGAGCAGGAUUUGGCUAGACAGCUCACUCACUAUCAAAGGAACACUCAACCUCCAGUCCUUUCAGAGUUGAAGCAGAGAAAGGACUCAGUGGACUGUAUGUGCUUUCUAAAGUGCGAACAAAGGCUUUUUAUUUUUUCCACUUUAGAACAAAUGGGAGCAAAGCCACUGCUACCCACCUAUUUUGUUGACUGGAUAAUAACUACUUCUAAGGACAAUGUCAGAAAUUGAGUGACUGCAUUGAUUUGGGGGGGGGGGGGGGAUAUGCUGGCAGAAAUGUAAUGUCUCCAGUCCCCUCUCAAUUCUGUUACUUUUGAUUUCCACAUGAAGGUAUUUAGAAGGUAUUAAAUCUGUAGACAAGCAAAAAGGAGAUGGGAGGUCAAGAGUUUCCAAGGGACAGGGAAGCACUCCACCUGUUUAGCUACCUGUGACUCUGACACCAUUGUCCAUGAUACUACACAUCUGUGCUAAGCUUUGCUAGGCAGUAGUCAUCACCUUUUAAAACUUUUUGUGAAGUUCAUCCAGUAUCUUAAGAAUUCAAAGCAAUGUGACAAAAACAAUGCCCACAGACCAGCUUACCUGCAGGAUGUAUUACUGCAGUCACAGAGCCAAACUGCUCCUAAAGCUGUGACGCUGUCCCAGGUAAUUGUGUCUUCCUAGUU